AUGCUGCUCGCUCUCGUCUCGGCGCUUUUCCACCGGGCGCUGGGGCCGCCUGGCCACGCCCCUUCCGCCGUUUCCGCCCGGUCUUUCGUCGUCGCUCGCGCGGCAUUCGCCCUGCUCACCGCGUGCGUCGCUCUCGCCCAGAGCUCGGCGCCUCCCGCGCUGCGCCCGCCGCCCGCCCCGUCCCCCGCGGAGGCGGCCGCGACGCAGGCGACCCUGGUGGCGGAGCGCUGCCUCUUGCGCGGAGGCCGCGUGCGGCUCGUGGCAGCGGCCGCCGCCGCUCUGCUCGCGCCCCUGCACCGCCGCGCGCUCCGGGCGCUGGUCGCACGCCGCGGGGAGGCCGCUGGUUCGAGGCCCCUCGCCGACGCGGCGGUGCUGCUGGCGGGCGGGCACUGCGGUCGCGCGGCGCCACCUCUCCACGCAGGCUGGCAUCCCCGGUCCCCAGCGGUGCUGGCCUACCUCGGGUCGGUCGGCGACGCCGAAAGCGAGCUGAGAAGGAUGUAUUCGGAACACCGGGCUAUAAACAUGGCGGCGGUAACUGGCUCGAAGGUCGUGUCGUGCAAUCCGUACUCCAAGAUGUGUACGGUGAGCCAUAUCAACGAUUCCGAUGUGUGCGAGAAGGCUUUCCCGGACAAAACGAAGAAUUUGCAUGGGGCGGAGGUCGUUGUUUCCUUGUUUGAGGAAGUGCCGCACUGUUUACCUUCCCGCAAAUUCCCGGGCCAGUUUAGGGGAGCCGACCCGUCCAUGGUGAAUACAUUCAUGGAGCAUAUCAAUGCUGUUCCCAAAAUUAUUAUUGCUCAAGGCAACUACGGGCAGCGCCUGCCCAACGGCACGUUCACGGGGUCGAGCGGGGACGUGGCGCACGGGCGUGCAGAGCUGGCGUGCAACUCGCGCAACCUCAAAAUGGACCGCCUCCACGUGCUCGAGUUCCUGUACCCGCACCACCAGAGCGACAUGUUCAUCUUCGUGCCCAACUCUCUGCCACUGCCGGCCUACACCACCAUCCUGGUGACGCUGGAGCCGCUGACGUGGGCGGCGGUGGGCGGGACGCUGCCGCUGGCCGCCCUCGUCUGGCACGUGCUGCGGCGCGCGCGCCCCGGCGGCGCGGCGGGGCCCGGCGGCGGCGGCGGCAGCCGCGCGGCGCGGCGCUCCGCCCUGCACACCCUCCUCGACAGCCUCAAG